AGUCUCCGUCUUCACGCCUUCUGUCCUCCUGCCAUCGGUCACCCUGAUUCCCCGCCCCCCCGCCUCCAGCCCCUCGCCUCGCAGCUCACACUCAGCAGCAGCCUGUCUGCACCCACGACCACAGCAGCCGCCGCGCCAGCCCUGUGAUUUCCCCCCACACCCCCGCCCCGCGCCCGGCGUUCCGGAGCUCCAGAAGCCUUGUGGCUCGGCGCUUCUGAUUGGCCGUUGCUAGGUGACGUCGCCUGAGCUCACGUGACGAGUGUUAAAUGCCCACCCUGCGGGAGCCCGGCCCACAGACAAUCGUAAAGCCGCUCGGGGCUGCUCACCUGCUCCCACCUCCUCCCGGAGCCCUGGCCAGGCCCCGCCACCCCUGCCCCCUCCACUGCCCGCCCCUCGCCCGAGCCCGCGCUGGGCAAGGCGCCGAGCGGCCCGAGAGGAGGAGAGAUGAUGAGGCCGGAGGCAGCUGUCCCGAGCAGUGCACGGUGAUCGCCUCCCCCGGAGGAGGAGUUGCCUAGACCAUUGCCGCAUUUCUUGUUUUCCUCUCCCCUCCCCCACUGUAAUUACAUUGGCUGCUGGAGGGGACAGGGAGAGACGGAGGAGGCGCCUCGCAACCCCCCUCGCGCCCGCCACCCCUGCUCUUUCCCGUCCCGGGCCAGGAUGACUGGAGUCUUUGACAGUCUGGUGGCUGAUAUGCACUCGACCCAGAUCACGGCCUCUAGCACGUACCACCAGCAACAGCAGCCCCCGAGCGGCGGCGGCGCUGGCCCCGGCGGCAGCAACGGCAGCAGCCUCCACAAGCCUCAGGAGUCGCCCACACUCCCGGUGUCCACAGCUACCGACAGCAGCUACUACACCAACCAGCAACACCCGGCGGGCGGCGGCGGCGGCGGCGGCGCUGGGGGCUCGCCCUACGCGCACAUGGGUUCCUACCAGUACCACGCCAGCGGCCUCAACAACGUCCCUUAUUCAGCCAAGAGCGGCUACGACCUGGGCUACACCGCCGCCUACACCUCCUACGCGCCCUACGGGACCAGUUCGUCCCCGGCCAACAACGAACCUGAGAAAGAGGACCUCGAGCCUGAAAUCCGGAUAGUAAACGGGAAGCCAAAGAAAGUCCGGAAACCCCGAACCAUCUACUCUAGUUUCCAGCUGGCGGCUCUUCAGCGGCGUUUCCAAAAGACUCAGUACCUGGCACUGCCCGAGCGAGCUGAGCUGGCGGCGUCUCUGGGCCUCACCCAGACUCAGGUCAAAAUCUGGUUCCAGAACCGCCGAUCCAAGUUCAAGAAAAUGUGGAAGAGCGGUGAGAUCCCUUCGGAGCAGCACCCGGGGACCAGCGCCUCGCCACCUUGUGCUUCGCCGCCGGCCUCGGCGCCGACCUCCUGGGACUUCGGCGCGCCGCAGCGGAUGGGGGGCGGCGGCGGUCCGGGCAGCGGCGGCAGCGGCGCGGGCAGCUCCGGCUCUAGCCCGAGCAGCGCCGCCUCGGCUUUCCUGGGCAACUACCCGUGGUACCACCAGGCCUCGGGCUCCGCUUCGCACCUGCAGGCCGCUGCGCCGCUGCUGCACCCGGCGCAGACCCCGCAGCCGCACCACCACCACCACCAGCACCACCACGGCGGCGGGGGCGCCCCGGUGAGCGCCGGGACGAUUUUCUAACUCCCGGAGACUGCGCCAGAGACUAAGAGAGCAGAGACCAGUUAUCCUUACUGCUCAUCCCCAGAGCCACAGGGUCCCUCCGGCUGGCCCGAUGAUGCCACCCGCCGCUCCCGGAGGUGGCGGCCCAGGAUGGCCUACCCCAGGGCCGGGGCCACCGCGCGGCCAGGGACUGGAAGGCGUCUUCUCGCGCCACGGGCUCCUCUCGGAGAAACCCGGCAUCCGCGGGAGAAACCCUGCCAAGGCCGCCUUUCCGACCUGAGCCCCGCCUCAGACUUGCCUCCCCUCCCCUCCCCUCCCCGCCCCGCCCGGCGAGGCAGUCCGGCGCCUUUUUCGCCCCGGGCCGCGAGCAGAGUCCCGGAGAGGGACGCCUGCCCCGCCCGCGAGGCUGCCUGGGCCCUCUGAGGCUCCUUUCUCCUUGCCCGCCCCCAGGCUCAGCUCCUGUCCUCUGGGGUUAUUGACCUCCCGGUCCUGCCGGCCUGCCCUCCCCCCGCCCCGACCCCUCGACCCCGGCGGCCCGCCGCUUUUUUUCUGCCCUGCUGUUUCCAGCCGUUGGAGCCCUCGUCCCUCCCCCGCCUUAGCUCUCCUCGCAGGAACGCUCCCUCAGCUCUCUCCUCAUCCUUCACCAGUGGAGUUUUUUUAUUUUUAUUUUUUUAAAAGUUUAGGUGCCUUUGCGGAUGACCUCAUUUUGAUGUUGGGGGAAAAAAUGAUUUUUUUAAUAUGUGGACACUGCAAAAAAAUGUGUUUAAAUUAUCUUUUUUAAAACCUAUUCAGGAUUAUUAGCCUGGACUUCGAUAUAGCGUUUGUAAAUAAAGGUGUCUGUGCAGAUUUUCCCACUGAUUUAUUUGUAUAAAAAUACUCAUCUUUUCAGACUUUUUUGUAAAUCCCCACUUGUGAAAACUGCGGUUUAGCAGUGACCUCAGCAACCCCUCCGUUUUAUUUUUCCCUUCGAAAAAUGUUCUCAGUUUAACUAAGCUACUGAUUUGGAUUUGUUUUAUCUUAUCCUAAAGUCUUUGUUCUUGAAAUGAAAGGUAUUUUGGGGUUAUUUAUUAUGAAAACAACAUGCUCUUAAUGUUGAUUUUACAAUAUGAAGAGAUUAUUUAAAUAAAUUAUUGUUUUCAUUGGA